CUCUAUGUGUCAUAUCAUUGAUGGCAACCAAUUCCAGUCCCUAUCCAAUGGAUGAGUUCCUAUUCUCAGCAGCUGUUCCUAAGACAUUCCAAUUACAACUGAUGCCGCCCUCAAGUAAUAGGAUCGCUGAGAGCAAUAUGGGAGCUGUGAAUCAAGUGAUUAAAGUAACCAAUCCUAAUAAGAAUCCACUGAAGUUGAGACUUAAGAUUGAAUAUCAACACAACGGUAAUAAAGUGCAGGAAACGUCGGAUGUAACGAGUUUUCCGGUCACGACGUGGCAAUAGGAACGGCCAAUAAAUAGGUUCUGAUACACAACUUCUAACAGAAUCUGUGCCUCACUUUCGAUAUCAUUAGUGCAAGAAUGGCAUCAAAUUUGUCUGUAUUUACCUCUAAAUGAUUUUUGGUGAAGUUUUGGAACAGAUUUUGUUAGUUUUGAAACAUAAUUAUUGCUAAG